UUAAUGCUGUGACAGGAGAGAACUUUAUUCAAAAUUUUUUGGAUUACUGCGUUGCUUCAUUUAUAAAUCAUUUCGGCCAUCCAGCUCACUCUUGGAGCUUAUCUUUUUCUUUUUGCUUUCUUCUUGUUUAUCUAUUUAAAGCACACCGUUUUCUUGAUUUCCCUAAUGUAUUAUUAGUGCAGCAAAGCAAUUCUGCUGAGAACCCAACAAACAAUUUCAAAUUCAAGUAUUUACUAUACCAUUUAGUUUUGUCAGCUGUCGAUUUUAAAGUUCAUUUUUUUAGGUUGUCAUUCUGUGUGACCUACCAAAAUCUUGAAAUUUUGUUAGAAAAUAUAUUCUAAUUUGCAGCAUAUAGAAAGGCCAUGGGAGAAGUCUUUGCAGAAGAUGAUUUGUAUACGAAAGAUGGUACAGUUGAUUACAGAAAUAACCCUGCUAAGAAGAAUGAAACUGGGACUUGGAAAGCUUGUCCUUUUAUCUUAGGAAAUGAGUGUUGUGAAAGAUUAGCAUAUUAUGGGAUGAGUACAAAUCUUGUUCUGUAUUUCAAGAAAAGGCUCAACCAACAUAGUGCUACAGCUUCAAAGAAUGUCUCAAAUUGGUCUGGAACAUGUUACAUAACACCCUUAAUUGGGGCAUUUCUAGCAGAUGCCUACUUAGGAAGAUACUGGACAAUUGCUUGUUUCUCAAUCAUCUAUGUAAUUGGGAUGACUCUGUUGACAUUGUCUGCUUCUGUCCCAGGCCUAAAGCCAAGUUGUUCUGGGGAAGAUGUCUGUCAUCCAAAGGAAGUGCAAACUGCAGUUUGCUUUGUUGCACUUUAUCUCAUAGCAUUGGGUACUGGAGGGAUUAAGCCCUGCGUUUCAUCUUACGGGGCAGAUCAGUUUGAUGAUGCUGAUGAGGUUGAGAAGAAACACAAGUCUUCUUUCUUUAAUUGGUUCUAUUUUUCAAUUAAUAUUGGAGCUCUUGUUGCCUCUUCUAUGCUGGUUUGGAUACAAGAUAAUGUGGGCUGGGGCUGGGGUUUUGGAAUUCCAGCAGUGACCAUGGCCAUUGCUGUAGUCAGCUUCUUUUCUGGUACCCGAUUGUAUCGUAACCAGAAACCUGGAGGGAGCCCUCUGACGCGCAUAUGUCAAGUACUGGUUGCAUCCUUCAGAAAAUUUAAAGUUAAUGUGCCUGAAGAAAAGUCUCUCUUGUAUGAGACCACAGAUGCAGAGUCUGCAAUCACGGGGAGUCGCAAGCUUGAUCAUACGAAAGACCUUGGUUUCUUCGACAAGGCAGCAGUGCAGACAGAAUCUGACCAUGUGAAAGGCAAUAUAGACUCGUGGAGACUGUGCACUGUGACCCAAGUUGAGGAGCUGAAAUCCAUUAUACGGUUGCUACCUAUAUGGGCCACCGGGAUCAUAUUUAGUACUGUGUAUGGUCAAAUGAGUACCUUGUUUGUGUUGCAAGGAGCGGCCAUGGACACUCGUGUGGGAAAUUCCAGCUUCAAAAUUCCACCGGCAUCACUUAGCAUUUUCGACACGCUCAGUGUCAUAUUUUGGGUUCCCAUCUAUGACCAAUAUAUUGUCCCAAUUGCUAGGAAAAUUACAGGUCACAAGAAUGGCUUAACACAACUACAGAGAAUGGGCACGGGCCUCUUCAUAUCCAUCUUUGCCAUGGUAUCUGCUGGGAUUCUGGAGUUCUAUCGGCUAAAAUAUGUGAAAAGGCAUAACUACUAUGAACUGGAAGAGGUACCCAUGACAAUAUUUUGGCAGGUUCCACAAUACUUUCUUAUAGGUUGUGCAGAAGUCUUCACAUUCAUCGGUCAGUUGGAGUUCUUCUACGAUCAAGCACCCGAUGCCAUGAGAAGUUUGUGUUCAGCUUUAUCACUGACCACCGUUGCACUUGGGAAUUACUUGAGUUCUUUGCUUGUGACUAUUGUCAUGAAAAUUACAACCAAGAACGGCAAACCUGGGUGGAUACCGGAUAACCUGAACUACGGUCACAUUGAUUACUUCUACUAUCUUUUGGCUGUGCUAAGUGUACUGAAUUUGGGAGUUUAUCUCAUGAUCGCGAAGUGGUAUACUUACAAAAGGCCAGUGGGCACUCUGCGUUGAAGGUUGAUGCUAGUGGCGUCGUUACAAGUGUAAGCUUUUCAUUUUUGGGGGGGUUAAAAGAGGGUUGUUGAACUUGUAAAUAUAGUUUUUAUGGAAUAUGACAUGUUGUACGCAAACAUAUCUUCUGUGAAUUGGUCACCAUUAUUAUACAUAUAAAUGUCUAUAUGAUCUGUUU